UCUUCCUCCUCUCUUCCAGUCAGUCUCCACACUGUGCGUGCCUCUCGAAGACAAGUCCAACACUGUUGCUGCGUGACCGCUGAAUUUGCUCCACAGCUCCAGCAGCGGUAGAAGACGACAGGAACUCAGCAAGAGAGAGCGAGCGAGCGAGCGAGCGAGAGAGAGAGAUCAUACAUGGAGAACGCUAACGAGCAGCGGGGCCAGGAGGCGGCGGGCGCGAACGGGUGGAUGACGGUGCCGGCGUUCGGGGACUGGGACACGAAGAACGGCGCGCUGCCGGAUUACUCCAUGGACUUCUCCAAGAUCCGCGAGAUGCGCAAGCAGAACAAGAAGGAGCUCUCCCGCGCCAGCCUCGGCGGCGACGACGACCUCCCCCCGGCCCAGGGGAGCAACACCGCGCAGGCCAAGGCCCAGCCCAAGUUCGGCCGCCCGGCUGAAGACCACCGCCGGCCGCUCCACGCCCGCGACCACUCGCCAACCGGAGGGAAGAAGUUUCUGAGUUACUUCCAGUGCUGUAUCAAGGCCUGAAGAAGAACCGCUGCCACUGCCUGUUUUACGUCACAGCACAAAACUAGGAGCAAUUAGGCUCAGGUUUUGUGAAGUUUUCAGAAUGUGUAAUAUAUUCUGUCAGUCUUUAUGGAGAACAAAACUUAUGAGGGAAAUAGAGGUCUCCUUGUACACAUUAUCUGUGAUUCGCUUGCACCUUGUGGUACAAUGUUACCUUGUCAUAUAUUGGAGGGAAGAAUGGCAUCUGCGCCGUAUUUUUGUACGGUCGAGGGCCAUAAUUAAGUUG